CAAAAUGAGCUUAGAAUCAAUCAAAUACGAGCGAGGUAGGCUAGAAAUUUUAGACCAAUUGUUAUUACCGUUGCAAACACGAUAUGUAAAGGUGCAGGGUGUUGAAGAUGGCUGGAAAGUUAUUAAUAAAAUGCAGGUUCGAGGUGCUCCUGCCAUAGCAAUAGUUGGUUGCUUAUCAUUGGCUAUAGAACUAUUAAAAGACGAAUGCCUAGACAAGAAGAUUAUGAGGCAAGAGAUUGAAGGCAAAUUAAACUAUCUGGUGUCGGCAAGGCCAACAGCUGUAAACAUAAAAUUAGCUGCAGAUGAGCUUAUUCAUUUGGCAAAUAGUUUAAGCGCUGACGAAAAUGUUACAGCUGAUGAAUUUAGGGAGAGAUUUAUUCAAAGCAUAGAGGGCAUGUUAAUAAAAGAUAUAGAAGAUAACAAAGCAAUUGGAAAGUUUGGAUCUGAAGCAGUAUUAAAAUCUUUUGGGGGUGAUGGUCAUGUCAGAGUUCUAACACAUUGUAAUACUGGAUCAUUGGCAACUGCUGGAUAUGGUACUGCCUUAGGAGUAAUAAGAUCAUUACAUGCAGCAAAACGAUUAGAACAUGUCUACUGUACUGAAACCCGUCCAUACAAUCAGGGAGCAAGGCUGACAGCGUAUGAACUAGUCCAUGAGAAAAUACCCUCCACUCUAAUAGUAGAUAGUAUGGUAUCUGCACUGAUGCAUCUUCGGAACAUUAGCGCUGUAGUUGUUGGCGCCGAUAGGGUAGCCGCAAAUGGAGAUACAGCUAAUAAAAUAGGAACCUACCAAAUAGCUAUAAUAGCUAAAUAUCACAAUGUGCCUUUCUAUGUAGCUGCUCCACUUACAUCAAUAGAUAUGUCCCUCAAAUCUGGAGAUAGAAUCAAAAUAGAAGAGCGACCUGAUAGGGAAAUGACUCAUAUCGGCGAACACAGAAUAGCUGCGCCCGGUAUAAGUUGUUGGAAUCCAUCAUUCGAUGUGACACCUGCCUCCUUAAUAACCGGAAUAAUUACUGAAAAAGGAGUCUUUGCACCAGACAAAUUACAUGAAGCGGUCUCAUAAUAACAUAUUUACAUGUAAAAUUGUAUAGUUCCUAAAUUAUGUUAAUGAAUAGUUAUUGUUGAACUAGUAUUACAUGCAACGAAUCUAUAUCAACUUUUAAAAUUUUACUUAUACACUUAGAUAAGUAUUACACUAUUGUAUUUGGGUGAUUGUAAUCAAUGCAAAUGUAAAUCAACGAUUUACUUUUUAUAAUAUUAAAACAGCCAUUCGAAUAAUAACCUGUUUAAUGUAAUCUAGGUUAUAUAGCUUUUAUAUCAAAACCUGUUACAAAGUAUUUGAAUAAAUGUUGUUUUUUAUUUGUUUUUCAAA